UAUAAAUGCGUUGAUCUGAGUCGUAGAAGCUAGCGGCCUUUUCAUCUUCAUAUAGAUGAUUUUGUACCAUCAUAACUUCUUUUCACCUCAGAUUUAGCAUAUAGUUUGGUGGUGAGGAUCUGUGAGCUUUUAGAGAGAGAGAACGAGAGAGAUCUCAGAUUGCCCAGAUGUCCGGCUUGGAACCACGUCAAGGUUCUCGCUAUGUCCAACAGCUCCUGGGACCGGAGAUCCACCUGCGAAGAUCAUCACAACCCCUACUCAUAGAUCGCGAAAGGUCUCCAGACAAAGAGCAAAGAGCGCCUGAUGCCCCCACUACAAGUACUUCAGGAGCAACAUCCAGUCGCAGGCCUCGAGGACGUCCUCUCGGUUCCAAGAACAAGCCUAAGCCACCAAUAUUCAUAACCCGAGACAGUCCAAGUGCUCUGAGAUCCCAUGUCUUAGAAGUCUCUGCGGGUUCAGACAUAGUUGAGUCAGUGUCAGACUACGCCAGGCGCCGCGCCCUGGGAGUUUGCGUCCUUAGUGGCAGUGGGGCUGUCACCAAUGUAACCUUGCGCCAGCCAUCAGCAGCAACCCAAGGCGGGAGUGUCGCAACAUUACACGGGCGAUUAGAGAUUCUGUCUCUAACGGGGACAGCGCUGCCGCCUCCAGCUCCGCCUGGAGCAGGCGGCUUGACAAUAUUUUUGGCAGGUGGGCAGGGACAGGUCGUAGGAGGGAGUGUGGUGCCGCCACUGACGGCUUCAGGUCCUGUGCUGUUGAUGGUGGCAUCAUUUGCAAAUGCGGUGUAUGAUAGAUUACCAUUGGAGGAUCAGGAAGAGUCGCCGGUGCAGGUGCAGCCCGCAGCCUCACAAUCUUCGGGAAUGACAGGCGGGGGUGGGCAAUUGGGUGAUGGGGGAGGGGGAGGGGGAGGCGGCGGCGGCGGGGGGGGUGUUCCUUUUUACAACUUGGGCGUGAACAUGGGAAAUUAUCCUUUCCCUGCAGGUGAUCAUGCGUUUGGUUGGAGUGGCAAUGCAGCCAGGCCUCCAUUCUAGUAUUAAUGUUGAUCUUCUUAUCAAAGCGUGUUGGAGACAAAAAGAUCAGAUGGAGAUCGAUCAAGAUCGCGAAGAUC